UCUGGGAAUAACUGAAAAACAGAUUGAAAAAAAUUCAAUGAAAAAAUUAGUAGAUAAGCAGCAAGAAAAAGUUAUGUUUUUACAACGAAUACGCAAGAAAUCCUAUAUUGUUCUAUAAGAACCGAGAACUUGCUCACUCAUCGGUUAUUUGUCUUUUCUCUUUGUACGUUGUCAGUUGUUCGUUUUUGUUAUUGUAUAUUAUUUAACCGACUUUUUAUAUCCUUUCUUCAGCAUGGCGAAUGCGAUGGUUGUAGAUCCUAAUAAGAUGGACACAUGUCCUUAUGAUAAUAACCAUGUUAUGCUGAGACCAAGAUUCAACACACAUCUUGUUAAAUGUCGAAAAAAUUUCCCUGAUAUCGGAUAUUCAAUAUGUGAUUAUAAUCAUGAUCACAGGAUUCCCAAACUAGAAUUGAAUUAUCAUCAUGAAGUCUGUCCGGAUAGAAUAAUUCAAGAAGCAACAGAAAAUUACGUUGACAGCGAAGAUGUGAUGGAUUUCCCCUCCAUAAGAGAUUUGGAGGCCCCCAUUGAUGAAGUUUGGGAAGAGGAAGAAUUGAAUCAUCAAGGCUAUGAUGGAGAACAGUAUGCUGCACAAAAUAAUAUUUUACGUAGUCUUACUGUAGAACAACCAGCAGUGAAGAGACAAUUUAGAAUUAACGAACAAAAAAGGAUGAAUAGCAUUCGAAACCCAGCUAUUAGUAAUAAUGUUACUAGCAACAAUAAUGAACGUCCAGGCUCUAGCAGGGCACCUCUCAAUAGAAGUAUGCCUAUUGAUGAAGAUAGACCAGAGUUAUAUUUGAAUGAUCGAGUAAACACAACAGAUACAACAGAUGAAACUAUUUAUCAAACUACACCUGCAGAUACUGAAAAUGGAUUCCAACAACCUGCACCUGCAGAUACUGAAAAUGGAUUCCAACAACCUGCACCUGCAGAUACUGAAAAUGGAUUCCAACAACCUGCACCUGCAGAUACUGAAAAUGGAUUCCAACAACCUGCACCUGCAGAUACUGAAAAUGCAGGUGCAGAUACUGAAGAUGGAUUCCAAUUUGUAAAAUCAAAAAAGAAGAAGGGCAUAAGAAAUAAAAAUAUUUGAUGAAUUAAAGAAUCUCCUUGACUUGAGGUUGUAGAAACCUCUUCAGAUUAUUUUAACUUUGUAGUUUUUAUGUGGAAGACACCUAAAUUCUGUUAAUUGUUCAUAUUUUAAUUUUUAACCAUUCUAAACUAAAUUCAUUUAAAACAAAAACUUUUUACUCAAAGAAAAAAAAAGGAGUAUGUUAUAUACAUAUGUGUUAUGUACUUGGGUUGCAUUGAGUUAGAGGGAAUACCCCCAAGAAUUAGAGUACAUCUUUAAAAAGUUAUGACAAUCCAUGAAAAAAAUAUUUUGUUCUAUUUUAUUAUCAGAAGUACUUGUUUUAUAAUUAUUAUAAAAAAAAUGUACCAAAA